AUGCCUUGUUGGUUUUCUUGUGCAGCUAAAGACACACUGAACACAGACUGGAACAAAUAUGAUGACAGGUUAAUGAAAGCAGCUGAAAGGGGUGAUGUGGAAAAGGUUUCAUCAAUCCUUGCCAAAAAAGGAGUCAGUCCUACUAAACUGGAUGUGGAAGGGAGAUCUGCAUUCCAUGUUGUAGCAUCAAAGGGAAACCUGGAUUGCUUGAACACCAUCCUUGUUCACGGAGUUGAUAUCACAGCCACUGAUGCUGCAGGUAGAAACGCGUUGCACCUGGCUGCAAAGUACGGACAUGCUUUGUGUUUGCAGAAGCUGUUACAGGCUCUUCAUGAUGCAGCUAUGUCAGACUGUUCCUCUAGCAUACAACUACUGUGUGAUCAUGGGGCCUCAGUGAAUUCAAAAGAUGGAGAUGGGAGGACACCACUAGUGCUGGCCACUCAGAUGUGUCGUCCCACAGUCUGUCAGCUUCUGAUAGACAGAGGAGCAGAUGUUAAUGCCAGGGACAAACAAAACAGGACUGCCUUGAUGUUAGGCUGUGAGUACGGCUGCAAGGACGCAGUGGAAGUUUUGCUCAAAAAUGGUGCAGAUGUUAGCUUGACUGAUGGCCUUGGUCAUGACUGUGCUUACUAUGCCAGAAUUGGUGACAAUAUUGACAUUUUGGCUUUGAUAAAAGCUGCCGUUGAGGAUUCCAGCAGAGGAAGAGACACCAUGAAGAAAGGGCAGCCUGAACAAAAGUGGAACCGGCUGCAUGCACAGGAGGAGGCGAAUGUCAUGCUGUAUCAGAAGGAACAUAAUGCUCAGGAAUUGGAGUUGGAAAAUCAAGAUUUGAAAGAUCGGAUGAGAGAAGUGCAAGAGGAGCAGAGGAUGCUGCUGGGUAGAAUCAGUGGGCUACAGCUACAGUUGAAUGAGGAGCAAAUGUUUGCAGAUGAUCUUGAAAAUGAGAAAGAUGAGUUGAAGAAAAUCCUAACUACCAAGGAAAAACAGCAGGAAGAAAGCUUAAGAACUAUUGAAGCUCUCAAAGCUAAACUCAAAUAUUAUGAAGUUGACUUUGCGGGACCUGGAAGUGGCUUUGGUAAUCAACCCUAUAUCUAUUUUGUGCCCAUUUAUCUUCAGUCUCGGUCUAUGCUGAGACCCCUGGAGCUCUCCGUACCGAGCCAAUCAUCCAGUUCAGAGAAGGAAACUUUAAAGAAAGAACUUGACAGCAUGAGGACCUGCUAUGGUGCAGCAAAAGAAGAAAUUAGCAAACUGCAGAGAGAACUGUCUCACAAGGUAUCUGAAUGUAAAGCUUUGGCAUCAGAGUGUGAAAGAACCAAGGCGGAAUCUGAUGGACAGAUAAAACAACUGGAAGAUGCUUUAAAAGAUGUACAGAAAAGAAUGUUUGACUCUGAAGGCAAAGUUAAGCAAAUGCAGACCCACUUUCUUGCUCUGAAAGAUCACCUGACUAACGAAGCUGCUUCGGGAAACAGUAAGCUAACAGAGGAGCUGAAGGAGCAGUUGAAAGAAAUGAAAACAAAGUAUGAAGGAGCCUCUGCUGAAGUGGGAAAACUAAGGAACCAGAUUAAGCAGAAUGAAUUGCUGGUGGCAGAAUUUAAGAGAGAUGAAGGAAGGCUAGUGGAGGAAAACAAAAAGUUGCAGAAGGAACUUGUUAAGUUGGAGAUGGAGCGAGAUAAAAGGGGAAGAAAUGUCAUGGAGUUAGAAGGGCAGCUCAAAGAAACGGCAGUGAAGCUAGCCCACUCUGUAACUUCAGAGAAAUUUGAAAAAAUGAAGAGUUUGUUGUCAAACGAAGUGAAUGAAAAAGCAAGGAAGUUAGCAGAGAUAGAAGGAGAGCAUGAAAAACUGCAGGCAGAGAUUUUGCUUUUGAGAAGGGAAUCUGAGAAUCAGAAAGCUAAACUUGCUCAGCACGUAAAGCCAGAAGACCAUGAACAAAUGAGGAGUGGGUUUGAGCAAAAAAAUGAGGAGCUUGGGAAGACAAUUUCUGAAUUAUCACAGAAGAAUCAAACUCUGCAGAAGGAACUUGAAAGAUUGCAGAUCGAUAACAAGAUGCUUAAGCAGCAAAUCCAAAUGCUUAAAACUGAAAUUAAAAGCCAGAAUGUGCCUUUAAAAAUUCAUGAAGAAUUGAAGAAAACAAAUGAUCUGGCUGUUGGUGACCUGACAAAAAAGCUUUUUGAAGUAACAAAGAAGUACAAUGAAAGCAAAGCAGAAGCUGAAAAGUUGCUGGCAGAGAAGACCAAGUUAAGUGAGAGUGUCGGCCACUUCCAAGCUGUGUACCUGUCUCCAGAGCAGCACAAAAAAGAAGUGGAAGCUCUAAAAUCUAAUGGCAUUGAACUUGGAAAGCAGCUUGCUGAGCUUCAGAAGAAGUAUGAUGAUGAACAAGCAAAAGUGUGCAAACUAGUCUCUGAAAACACGGUCGUAAGAGAAACGCUCAGGGAUCAGUACGUGUUGGCUACAACACACGAGGAGAUCAAAACAGUCUUGAAUAACACACUAGAAAAGACUAAUAGGGACCUGUCAGAUCUGAAGGAAAAAACUGAAGAGAUAAAGCAAGAAUUCCUGAGGGUAAAUGAAGAAAACGGAGCUUUGAAAAGUAAGGUGAAACUCUUACAGAAUCAGUUACAAACUGAGUAUAUAAGUUUGAAAGAUCAUGAAGCUGCAGUGACUACGUUAAAUAAAAGCAUGCAAGAACUCCAGGAGAACAACGUUGCGAUUACAGCUGAAUAUAAGAGGGGUCAAGAAGAAAUCUUCCAGUUGCAUGCAGAAAUUGAAGCCCAAAAGAAGGAACUCGACACGAUUCAAGAAUGCAUUAAGUCAAAAUACGCCCCGGUUGCCUCCUUUGAAGACAGAGAACAAAGCUUUGAAGCCACAGUGAAAGAAUUAAAAGCACAGUUGCAAGAACAGGCACAGAAGUGCAGAGAAAGUGAGGAGGAAAACAAGAAGUGCAAACAGGAGAAUGAAAAGCUCAAAAACGGCGUUUUGUCCAUCCAAAACAACUUGCAGCAGAACUAUGUACUCGCUGAGAAGUCCCGUGAGAUGGAAAAAAUGUUCACGAGCAAAAUGGAGGAGUUGAAUAAGCAAUUGAGAGAAUUGCUGCAGAAAUACACAGGGCAAAAAGAAGAGAAGGAUGAGCUGCAAGAGAGUACCAAGCAACCCGUAACUGUGCAGGCUCAGCAUCUUUCAGUAGAACAAAUGGAAGCCUUGAAGGAGGCUCUUGGUCACACUGUGGAGGAUCUAAAGGAAGCCCUCAGAAGUAAGAAGGAAUGUUAUGACAAAGAAACACUAAAAGUAGGAGAACUACAGCAGGAAUUGUCCGAUCUAAAAAAAUCUUCAAUACCUUUGGUAGAAUAUACACGAAUGAAGGAAAUGCUGGAACAAGAAAUCGUAGCAACCAAAAACAGCUUGAAAGAAAAGGAAGAAGAAAACAGAGUUAAAAAUGAGAAAAUCUUGACAUUGCAGUCCGAGGUUCAGCUUACUCAACAAGCUUUAACGGACUUGGAGAGCAAAGAAGUGAUUGACGUAUCAGAAUACAAAUCCAUGAAAAGUACUCUGGAAGCCCAAAUUAAUAGCAUAGCUGAGAAUUUGUCCAAUAUGAGUAAGAAGUACGAGGAAGCAUGUGAAGAGGCUCUGCAAGCUAAAAAGAGUGAGCUUGCUUUGAAGGAUGAAAAGGAGCUGCUUCAGUUACGGAGUUGCAGUAUUGAACAAGAAAUUAAAGACCAGAAAGAAAGGUGUGAUAAAUCACUGACAACAAUUAUUGACUUGCAGAAGAGAAUACAGGAAUCUGCAAAGCAGGUGGAAGCCAAGGAUAACAAGAUAACAGAGCUGCUUAAUGAUGUUGAGCGGUUAAAACAAGCUCUUAAUGGCUUGUCUCAACUUACUUACACUACUGGGAUUCCCUCGAAGAGGCAGAACCAGCAGGUUGAAAUGCUGCAGAACCAAGUGAAAACAUUGCAACAACAGCUAGCCGAUGCUAAAAGGCAGCAUCAAGAGGUAGUUUCAGUUUAUCGGACACAUCUUCUUAGUGCUGUACAGGGUCACAUGGAUGAAGAUGUCCAAGCUGCUUUACUGCAGAUCAUUCAGAUGAGACAGGGACUUGUCUGCUGACGUGCUCAGUGCCAUUGCUCUGGAAGGCUGCUGCGUCUUGUAGGAGUGCUGUGAUUACGGUAGUGAUAACUUAACGAGAUUUAUAUAAUUAUGAUCAUAUAGCUGCAAUCAGAACCUGCAAAUACGAAAACGUAUAAAGCUGAAAUACUUUGUUCUUGUAAAACAGCAAAAUAGGGCUACUGAGUUUGAGAUCUGACACUUCUUUCAUUAGGGUAAUAAGAGAUGUAGAACACCUUUUAAAAUUGGUAUACAAGCUGACUGUCAAAAUGAUGACAUAGUCCUUAAAUGGUUUUAAUGUCUGAUUGACCACUUCUUAAAGCAAGGUCUGUACCCAGAAACUCCAGUUUAUCCUAUAACUUGAACUCUCACAAUAUGGUUAAAAAUAA